UAUUUUCCUCCGGCUCCGGCGGGAGUAUGAGUUGACAGAUGUUAUGAAAUGGGAAUAAGGCCGUUCCAGCCCGUGGAGUGACCCAAACCUGGAGCUUUUUGUUCUAUAAGAACAACGCAAGAAGCUGCAGAAUGCACUACCAGCUGUUACGUGGCGGCACAGCGGCGGCGGUGGCCUCUAGAAGGGUGCGGAACAUUCUGGGUUCGGUCCUGGGUCGGGAUGGCUGGAUGUGGAGAUCCCAUGAGGUCAAACUUGUAAGCACAUCCUCAGGUGACACCGUGACAAUUGGAGAGAUCUCCUACAAACUCAAAACCCCUCAGAAUCCAGAACGGGUUCCCCUCAAAUACCUUUCAGACUCACUGCCUCAAACGGUGGCUCAGCACCUACGAUGGAUCAUGCAGAAGGACCUUUUGGGCCAAGAUGUGUUUCUUAUCGGACCUCCAGGACCCCUAAGAAGAUCCAUAGCUAUGCAGUAUCUCGAGUUGACCAAGCGGGAAGUGGAGUAUGUGGCGCUGUCCAGGGACACCACAGAGACGGACCUGAAGCAGAGGAGAGAGAUCCGAUCAGGAACGGCCUUCUACAUAGACCAGUGUGCCGUAAGAGCAGCAACACAAGGUCGGGUUCUGGUCCUGGAGGGGCUGGAGAAAGCAGAAAGGAAUGUUUUACCUGUCCUCAACAACCUCCUGGAAAACAGAGAGAUGCAGCUGGAGGAUGGACGCUUCCUGAUGUCAGCUGAGCGUUAUGACAAGCUGCUCCAGGAGCACACUAAAGAGGAGCUGGACAGCUGGAAGAUUGUCCGUGUGAGUGAAGACUUUCGGGUCAUUGCUCUCGGCAUACCGGUUCCCAAAUACAAGGGCAACCCCCUGGACCCUCCUCUCCGCUCUCGCUUUCAGGCCAGAGACAUCUAUUACCUACCAUUCAAGGACCAGCUGGAGCUGUUGUACACAGCAGGCCCAAAUGUUGCUGCUGAGAGGGUUUCCCAGCUUCUGUCACUCGCUACAACACUAUGCUCCCAGGAAUCCUCCAGUCUGGGCCUUCCUGAUUUUCCUGUAAAUAACCUGGUUGCUGCGCUUCAUGUUCUGAACACUUUCCCCAUGCUGUCCUCUCAGCAGCUUGUCCAGAGACUUUACCCCUACAAGAGUAUCCUGGGAAAGGAUGGACAUACUGCUGUCGAGAGUGUUUUGAGUCGGUUUGAGCUUUUAGACGGCCGGCGUCAGGCAGCACCCAACAACGUUUUGAGCGUGUCCACAUCCAAUGAACGUGAAGGCCACGCUGAUGUCACCGUGCAGACUGCUGAUAAAGAAAUCACUUUUCAGGUUCCAGCGGGCAGCAAAGAGCUGCGUCCGCCCAACAGCAGCCUCACCUUCAUUAACACACCAAGCCACUCGCAGCUGCUGGCUGAGAUGAUGCAGUCGCACAUGGUGAAGGACCUGUGUCUUAUAGGCGCUAAGGGAUGUGGGAAGUCAGUGAUUGCAAGAGAGUUCGCUGAGAUGUUGGGCUACACCAUAGAGCCGGUGAUGCUCUACCAGGACAUGACAGCCAGGGACCUUCUGCAGCAGAGGUACACUCUCCCGAAUGGAGACACAGCUUGGAGGUCGUCUCCUGUGGUCAUUGCUGCCAUGGAAGGCAAGCUGCUGAUUCUCGAUGGCAUACACAGGGUCAACCUGGGAACUCUGGCUGUACUCUCCAGGUUGCUGCAUGACAGGGAGUUGGACCUUUAUGAUGGGACCAGGCUGUUGCAGUGGGACAGAUACCAGACGCUGAAGGAGCAGCUGCAGUUUAGCGACCAGCAGCUGCAAGAAAGGUCCAUCUUUCCCAUCCACCCAUCGUUCAGAGUGCUGGCCCUGGCAGAGCCCCCUGUUGUGGGUGCCAGCUCAAGCAGCAGCAACAGAGGCCAGCAGCAGUGGCUUGGCCCAGAGCUUCUCACUAUGUUCCUCUAUCACACUGUCACACCUCUGGCUAAAGCUGAGGAGAUGCGCCUCAUACACGGACUGGCUCCCAAUGUUCCUAAGGAAGCAGCGGAGCAGCUGCUGCGCCUCACCGACAGCCUCCGUCGGACCAAGGACCCCACCGCGCAGUCUCUGGCCUCUUCUCUCUCAACCAGACAGCUGUUGAGGAUCUGUCGCCGUCUCUCCCAGUACCCCGAGGAGAGCAUCGCUCAUGCUGUCAAUAAGGCCUGUCUCUCCAGGUUCCUGCCCAGCUUGGCUCGGGCCUCUUUAGAAAAGUCCCUCACCAGCAGCUCUAUACAGGACACUCCGGAUCCUGCUGGGCAAACACGUGACUACACAUGUGUGGUUCAGGAAGGUGUGUUGACCAUCGGCAAAGUGUCAACUCCCAUCUACAGCCCCAACCAGAAGAUGAAGGUUCCAGACGUGCUCUUCUAUGACAAUCCUCAGCACAUGAUGGUGAUGGAGGACAUGUUGAAAGACUUUCUGUUAGGAGAACACCUCCUCUUGGUGGGCAACCAGGGUGUGGGUAAAAACAAGAUAGUGGAUAGAUUCCUGCAUCUUCUCAACAGGCCCAGGGAAUACCUCCAGCUCCACAGGGACACAACCGUCCAGACUUUAACCCUGCAGCCUUCUGUGCGGGAUGGCAUCAUUACAUACGAGGACUCACCCCUGGUGAAGGCAGUGAAACAUGGUCACAUACUUGUGAUUGACGAGGCCGACAAAGCUCCCACCAAUGUCACCUGCAUCCUUAAAGCCCUGGUGGAGAGCGGAGAGAUGAUCCUGGCUGAUGGGCGCAGGAUCAUCUCAGAUCCACGUGAAGACAAUGGGAGAUCCAAUAUCGUAGUGAUGCACCCAGACUUCAGGAUGCUGGUCCUGGCUAACCGGCCUGGCUUUCCAUUCCUGGGCAAUGACUUUUUUGGAGCAUUAGGUGAUAUAUUCAGCUGUCAUGCUGUGGACAAUCCAAAGCCCCAGGCAGAGCUGGCCAUGCUGAAACAGUACGGCCCAGAUGUUCCCGAAGCCACUCUGCAGAAACUGGUGGCUGCCUUCGGAGAGCUGAGAUCCAUGGCUGACCAGGGCACCAUCACCUACCCAUACUCCACACGGGAGGUGGUCAACAUUGUUAAACACCUGCAGAAAUUUCCCAACGAGGGUCUUGCCAACGUGGUCAGGAACAUCUUCGACUUCGACUCGUACAAUAAGGACAUGCGGGAGGUUUUGAUCGAGGCUCUGCACAAGCACGGGAUUCCCAUCGGAGCCAAGCCAACCUCUGUCAAUCUGGCAAAGGAGUUGCCACUACCGGAAGUCAGGAUGACAGGAUACUGGACCUUAAACCAAGGUGGCAACGCUCGCCGCAAACUGCUCUGUCCCACUGAGACACGCACCAUAGAUGUCAAGGGCCCGGCCUUCCUGCGUGUCCAAAGUUAUCCCUGCAAUCGGCAGGAAAGCAGGGCUUUGAGUUUCACUGAGGAGAAAGCUCACUGGCAGAUUCCCAUGAAUGAAGUGAACAUCAUCUGCGACGUUGUCAGCUCAGACGACACGCUGUACGUGGCCAUGUGCAACCCGGUGUCCUUGUACUCCAUGAAGGAGCGCGGGGAGAACAUUCAGUGCAUGGAGCUCUAUGACGUCUUCCCCAGGACCAUCAGCGGCGUCUGGCAGCCCUUUGUCACCGUCGCUCCACUUGGGAGUCCCCUUGAUGGACAGGUGGUGCUGCACGAGGAACAGAGUAACACAGUGCUCCAUUUGGACCUGGUGACAGGGGCCGUGCGGAGGCUCAUGUUGACUCCAGACACUGAUCAGACUCCCUCCAGAGCCUCGAACUGGUGGAGCAACAAAGAACAACAGGGAGGCCACAAAAUGUGUCGUGACUUUUCCCAGAACAACUGGCUUCUCUUCUAUAAGGAAGAUGGAAACCAGCUGGAGGUGCUGGACGUGCUGGAGGGCCGGGUUCAUUCCAUCUCACUCCCGAUCAACUUGAAGUCUGUCUUCCUGGUUGCAGAGGAUCGCUGGCUUCUACUGGAGAGCAACACCAAGAAGAAGUUCCUGCUGACCAAGCCCAUGCACAUGGCAGCUGAAGAUUCUGGAGUGUGCCAGCUUCAUAGUAUUGCUGAGGACCCAGUUAGCGCUGGUCAUGGAGCUGGUUCAGCCGAGGUCUUAGUACCUCAGAUGCUGUCAAAUGAGCAGCUGCCCAAUGAGAACCUCAGUGCUGCUUUGGACCAGAGGAUCGUCUCCCCAAACCGCUUGCUGGCUGACACCAGCUGCUUUGCCCAGAUCAUUGUGGGCUUCCCAGACCUAAUGUCCCCUAACGAGGUGUACACCUUUAAGAGACCAGUUGACCUGUCGGCCAUAAAAAGCAGUGAAAGCGGGUCUCACACAUUCUUCAUAGGUGCUCUUCAGAGCGGCACAGCAAAGCGGGGGAAUUGUGUCAGUCUGCUGUCAGCCAAUCAGGUGGUCCGAGCUAUUCCACCCACCAAGGUUCCCCUGAGGGACAUCUACCCCAAAGGUCACAGUUCAGAUGUGACUCCUCCAAUGACAGCAGCGUACCUAGAGGUGACGGAUCUGACCUCCAAAAAGCUUAAAUACAUUCCAGUUCCAAGGUCGAUGUCUGUGUCGCCCUACACCAACUGGUCGUCGAAGGUCUCAGAUUGUGAUGUGCUGGUAGCUGCUCUUGGUUCUGGAAGUGUGGUCACAGUGGAUAUGGGGGGCUAUGUUCGGCAGUGGGAGACAGGACUGGACACCUUGCAACGGUCACUAAUGGAGUGGAGGAACAUGAUUGGCUCAGAGAAUGGCAGACCUAUACAGAUCACAAUCCAGAGGGACAGCGGAUUGGAUGUUUCUGCACCCAAACACGGCAAGAUAGACCCCGGCAAUGCUCCUCAUGUCGGGGGUAACCAGUGGGCAGGAGGCACAGGUGGCAGAGACACUGCAGGACUGGGAGGCAAAGGCGGGCCUUAUCGCUUAGAUGCUGGACACAAGGUCUACCAGAUCUCCCAGGCUGAGAAGGACGCAGUUCCAGAGGAGGUCCGCAGAGCAGCCCGUGAGAUGGCUGAAAAGGCCUUCAAGGAAAAAUUAAAGGAAAUUGAUAUGAGCGAGUAUGAUGCUUCUACUUAUGAGCGCUUUUCCAACGCAGUGAGGAGACAGGUUCAGUCCCUACGAAUCAUCCUGGACAGCUUACAGGCUAAAGGCAAGGAGCGGCAGUGGCUAAAGAACCAACCUAUGGGAGAACUGGAUGAUGCUAAAAUCAUUGAUGGACUAACUGGAGAGAAAACUAUCUAUAAACGCAGGGGAGAGCUGGACCCAGAGCUGGGCAGUCCUCAGCAGAAGCCAAAGCGUUUGCGGGUGUUGGCCGAUGUGUCGGGUAGCAUGUACCGCUUUAAUGGUGUGGAUGGCAGACUGGAGCGCUCCAUGGAGGCUGUGUGUAUGGUCAUGGAGGCCCUGGAGAGCUACGAGCACAAGUUCAAGUACGACAUAGUGGGUCACUCAGGCGACGGCUACGACAUCGAACUGGUCUCAGCGGACAAAAUGCCGAAAAAUGACAAGCAGAGACUGAAGGUUCUCAAGACCAUGCAUGCCCACUCUCAGUUCUGCAUGAGUGGCGAUUACACUCUGGAGGCCACAGACGCCAGCAUCAAGCAGUUGGCGCAAGAGGAGGCGGACGAGCACUUUGUGGUGGUGCUUAGCGACGCCAACUUGGAGCGCUAUGGAAUCAGGCCGGAACGCUUCUCCCAGGUCUUGACCUCCGACCCGCAGGUCAAUGCCUUUGCCAUCUUUAUCGGAUCCCUUGGUGAUCAGGCUGAAAGACUCCAGAGGACCCUUCCAGCGGGCAGAUCCUUUGUUGCCAUGGACACCAAGCACAUUCCCUUGAUUCUGCAGCAGAUCUUCACAUCCACAAUGCUGUCCAGCGCCUGAUGCCGGCACACCCUCAUGUAACAGAUUCAACAGCUGGCAGUGACUAUCCACAAUGUGUCUUUACCUCACUCUCUGUAACGGGUCGUGUAACAGAGCUGGCUCAGGUCUCCAACCUCGCCUGAAGGGGACAGACAGCUCCUUUGCCUUUUGUGUAAAACUUUCAAGAAACAGUGACAGAGUUGUGUGUGCGUGACAUGUAAUAUUUAGAUGCUUUGUGGAGUACUCUGUGGUGUCAGGAUACCCUGUGGUUUUCUUCAGGAUGAGUCUGAAAUGACACACACAUUGAUGCUGACAUCAUAAAUGCCUGGACCCUGCCUCAGAGACCAUGUUGGGAUCAAACACAUCCGAACCUGUUGAUCUCGCCUAUCUGUCCGGACACCAAGCUGACGCACUCACACAUAUUUCUCCUAUUCUGGGCUGCGACAGCUCAAAGGGAAGGGGAAUGAACUUGAUAAAGCCCUGCUUAUUUUAGAUUUCCUCCUCAUACAUAAACUUUACACACACACACACACACACACACCCUUGCAGGAAGACACAAACUUAUCCAACGUUUGGAUUUGCUGCACAGCAACAACUUGGCUCCUCUGGAAUGCUGGAGCUGUGAGCGGGGUGGUUCCCACCUGAGUGCACACGCUCUUUAAAGUCUGCCAGUGCUGCACCACCCCCUGCUGUGUGUGUGUGUUUGGGUGUGUGUAUGUCUAUGUGUGUGCCUUGUCAUACAGCAUCCAUGUCAACACGCACAAGCCGUAUCCUUCCUGGCUGCUGGACCUUGUGACGCCUUGCGCGCUCUCAGUCCUGCAAGGAAUCUCAGAUCUCCUUUCAUAGCCAAACACACUCAUACUAACACACACACACUGGUCACUGUGGGGUCAUCGUCCCUUGCAUGCUAACAGGAAAAGUCUCCACAGACAUGAAGCACGUGCAUCAGAGCCCAGCUCACUCUCACCCUGCUUGUCAUGCUUAACAUUCACACCUCACUGUGCAGAGCUGACUGAAUCAGUCUGUUGAUUAAUCUGUUGUUUUGAUCCCUCUGGGACAGAGGGGUGUCCCAGUUUUUAUUGAUCACCUCAUCACACUGCUUUAACAGUUAAAUAGUUUAUAAUAAUGCUAUAGUAGUCACUUCUUUAAUUGUAUAUGGUUGGUAAUUUAAGAUGAAAAAGCAUUUCAAAGUAAUGUAAAACAGUUUAAUAAAGCAACAUCGCUGUUUAUGUUCCUCCA